UAGCCUAUUAUGGAGGUGUGAACGAAAAGCUGAUGGCUGAUCAGAACGUUAAGGCCAAUGUCAAGUCGCUAAUUAAUAUUUAGCAGAGAAUCCGUUCGCAGCUAAUGGCCAACUCAAAUAGAACCCAGAGCCAAGGAAACACCGAUUAGCAAAAAGAAGCGAAGCCCGGAGAAACCACAAGCAAACAAAUUGCCCAAACAUAAGGCGUCGAAAGUCCAACAAUGAAACCACAACUUGGCUACAUAAAAAGGGAACCUGGCUUUUGUUAUCACAUGCGUGUUGGACUAAAAUCACUUUUAAUAGUCCAAACAGAUUGAUUUCCCCCUCCCACCGACUCGUGAAUCACUAAAUCUUUGGCUGACGCUCCGCGUUGUUUUAGUUUCUAUGAAAGACGAGCGGUCCGCCGGCCGAGCAACUCACUCUCCACUGAACAGGCAUAUAAAUAGACGGGUCGGCGGGGUCUGGUGAUCAGUGCAAGCAGGUCUGUCAACGCGCAGUGCGAGUCCAUCGAUCGAUUAUAAACAUCCAGCCCAACCGAAGCCACAUACAACAUGAAGUUCUUGCUCCUGAGCGUGUUCCUUUGCCUUGCCGUGUGCUUCAUGGCCACCAGUGCUGCUCCUCGCGAGGAGGCCAUUCCCGAGGGCUUCGAAGGUCCUGGCAGUGAGUCCGCCAACCCAUCCGACGACCAGUCCUUCCUGCUCAAGCUGAAGCUGCUCAAGAAGCUCCUGUUCCUGGGCUAGACACCACACACCACAUCACACCCAUUUAUGGAUUUAUAAUUUAACUAUGUGUUUAGGUUUUUAAGAUGAAAAAAUGAGUGAAAUUAAAGAAAGUAUU